CAGAUUUAGAAGCGGAUGUGCCCUUCCCUGCCUUUUUACGGCUUCGAUCAAAAUAGACCCACUGAUUCUCCAAACACUUCGUCGAAUAUCAUUGUGUGUCCAGUAUAUAAAGAUAUUCUGCCGUUGUCCGACGCGGUUUUGUUUAGUGAGAAUCCCACAAACUGUAAGAUGCCAGCAGACGCAGCUGAAAAGCAAAGGCGAGUAUUGCCUCUUUUUGAGUACUGUACAUUGCCAACCAGUACAAAGUUUGGCUUGAAAGUUGAAAGAGAUGCCAAACUUCAAGGACUUGGAGUAUUGGGAAGAGGACGUUUGUUUUCUAGUUUUCAGCAGGAUCAUCUUAUUGAAGCUAACAGACUAGCCGAAGUUCUUCUUGGUGCUGAAACAUUCGAUGAGUUUGUCGAUUUGUGCCAUCAAGCCAGGGACUUCGUGAACGAAGGUUUGUUCGUCUACGCAGUGUCUGUCGCCGUUUUGCAUCGCAAUGACUGCCGUGGGAUCUCACUUCCACCCGUCCAGGAGGUCUUCCCUGACAAGUUCUUCCCCGUAGAGACCAUCUACAAGGCAAUUAAGGUUGCAAACGCCCACCCAGAUAAAGAUGAUGAAAUCAUUGUAGAUGUUGAAGCCACUGGUAACAUUUUGGAUCCCGAAUACAAUUUGGCCUACUACAGGGAGGAUGUUGGCAUCAAUGCCCAUCAUUGGCAUUGGCAUUUGGUAUACCCCAGCACUUGGAAUGCCGCUGUAACUGGAAAAGCAAAAGAUCGAAAGGGAGAAAUCUUUUAUUACAUGCAUCAACAGAUGUGUGCUCGAUACGAUUGUGAAAGAUUAUCCAAUGGUAUGCCUCGUAUGAUUCCUUUCCACAACUUCCACGAAGGUUUGGAAGGUUAUUCUGCUCACUUGAGCUCCAUCAUCAACGGUCUUCCAUACGCCUCCAGACCAUCUGGCAUGAGCCUGCAAGAUUACCAAGGAGUUGGUGUCCAAAACUUGGAACGAUGGAGAGAAAGGAUCUUGGAUGCCAUCAAUCUGGGAUAUGUAACAGACGCUGAUGGCAAGGAGACCAUCCUCGAUGAGACACACGGAAUUGACAUCUUGGGUGACAUCAUCGAAUCCAGUCACGAAUCUAAAAACCCUGAAUUCUACGGCAGUCUUCACAACUGGGGACACGUUCUUAUUUCCAACGUUCUCGACCCUGACCACAGAUUCUUGAAUAACCCAGGCGUUAUGGAUGAUGCUACAACUUCUUUAAGAGAUCCUAUUUUCUACAGAUGGCAUAGGUUUAUUGAUGAUAUGUUCAAUGAAUACAAGAAGAAACUUGAACCAUACGACCCAGAUGAAUUGGGAUUCCCCAGUGUUGAGAUCGAAAGUGUUCGAGUCGCUGCACACCAAGACAAUAUAGUCACUACAACAUUUGAAGAAGAUGAACUCGAUUUAUCCAAUGCCUUCAACUUCGGAAGAAAUGGAUCAGUAAAGAUCCGUUAUCAACAUCUGGAUCAUGAGCCUUUCGCAUAUGAUAUCAAGAUUCAAAACAAAUCCACCAAAGUAUGCCAUGGAACUAUCAGAAUCUUCCUCGGACCAGUAUUUGAUGAACUCGGCAAUAAAAUCAAGAUUGAUGAUAUCAGGAGACUCAUGAUUGAACUGGAUAGGUUUAGCGCCGUCUUGAACCCUGGAGUUAACGACAUCCACCGAACUUCAAGAGAAUCUAGUGUGACAAUUAACAAGGAAAGAAAAUUCGAGCAACUUCUGAGGGGAGAGGGUACUAACGAACAUUCUUCAGAAUUUUGCAGCUGCGGAUGGCCAGACCAUCUUCUCGUUCCCAAGGGUAACGAUAAGGGAAUGAAAUUCCAUCUGUUUGUGAUUGUAACUGACCACUUGAAGGACUUGGUUGGUCAGCUUACUGAUAAGAACAUUUGCGCUGACGCUGUCAGUUACUGCGGUGUGAAGGAUGAUCUCUAUCCCGACAGGAAAUCCAUGGGAUUCCCAUUCGACAGAUCCAUCAAAAAAGACAGCAAAGAAUGGCUGUUGCCCAACAUGAAAGCAACCGAAGUGACCAUUGUCCAUUCUGCCAGGCAUUAAGGAUAAUUAUCAACUCAACAACAUACCGGAAAUAUAAAAAUAGAUGAUAUCCAAAUUAUUGAUGGAACUAUUAUUGACCCUUUACGACUUCACGAUAUCAUUAUGUUAUUUUGUAUUUUCACGGAUAAUAAAUAAAUAAUUAAAGAUAA